GCUAUAUAUAUGUGAAGUUCAAGGCGCAACACUCAUUGCAAGUCAAAACCUCGCACAAGCAGCACGGACUUUCACCGGUGAUUAGCUCGCAAGAUAUAUAAGUGUUGAGUGUAACAGUGAAACAAACAUACAAGCAUGCAUCAGAAAAUAACCGGGUGGGCAUUUUUGGCCCUUAUUAGUUCAUCAGCUAUUCUUCACACGCUCGCAUAUCCUCAACAUGCGCCGCUCAUCUCACAGGCCACGAGUAAUGUAAGGACACAAAAUCCACAAUAUUACAGUAAUACAUUGCCGGUUCCACAACGGGAACAAAUAGCCCAAGAGCGUAAAUUUGCCGAAAAACCUAACGCAUUGAAGAAAGUAGCGCUCGACGAUUUGGAUGAAAUUCAAAAUAAUUCAAUUUCCGAAGGCGGUUUCUCAUGGACAAAUAUGCUAGUAAAAUCUUCAGGUAUGAUAAUGCAAAUGAUCUUCAACCCUGGUGGCAAUGGAUUGACCGGCCCAAACAAGAGUGACAACUUAGACACCGAUUCUGGCUCUACCUCUCCUUGGGCUAACCUCAUCACUAUGGGUUUCAAGAUUCUGACUGCCAUCCUUGGAGGAGGCGCUUCAAACGAUGGCAUAGACAAAGUUGACAACGGUUCCUCCCCAAUGCAGAGUAUAUUGGCCGCGGUUCUGUCGACGGUGCUCGGUGCAAAAGAUCCCGACCAAGUAGCCUCCAUGGCAAAGCAGGCUGGAGAGUUCAUUAAUAUCGUAGUGAAUCUCUUGGACGCUCUUAAAACAUCCUUCUCUCACCGUUCAUUGACCGCUAGGUCAAUGGGCCGCAAGGACUCUGUAAGUGACGCAGCCAUAGCUGGCAUUGCAAUGCUGAAGACGUACGUCAGAUCCUUUGGAACGAAUGACGACAAAUGCCUUCAAAAAUACAUAUGCGACGCAAAUAGCGAAUGUUCCGCAGAUAUCGGUCCAAAGAGCGUUUUCUGUCAAUUGGGAACCUAUGCCGCAAGCUUCGUAAUGGAGAGGCAAUCCGGAGGAACGUUCAACCAAUUCUUCGAGGCCGGCCGUCGCGGAAGGUCAGGCAUCGACUGCCGCCAACUUUAUCUCGAGUGCAACGAGGUUUAAAUAGAUUGACAAAAACAAAUAACAAACAAACCGCCAAAAACAACACAACGACCGCUGUUACUAUGACAGCAGUUAAUUCUAUGCUUCCAUCUGCUUCCACAUUUUUUUUUUCCAAAUCUAAAGCUAGUGACAUUCUUUAAAGUUACUUAACAGUUAUUCCUAUCAUCAACUUUGCUUUGUAACAGUGAUCACCCCCACAACGUGUAGGAGUAGAGAUAGGGUGUAAUUUAUUUAAAUUAUUUAUUUAUUUUAACUUAUAUUAGAAGUAAAUAACAAAGGUUAUAAAACACGACAAACAUUUAGAACAUGCUCAAGUAAUGUUAAUAUCAUUUGAACAUCCUUUUAAAUAGUUAUAAACAAAUUGGCAAUGGAUUUAUUUUGUGAUUCCGCCAAUGUUUUUAUGAUGACUGAUGUAAAUUUGGGUGAUAUAAAAUAAUUUAUCACCAGUUAGUUAGUAAUUAAAUGUAUAUUUUGUGAUGGAGUGAAUGAGGACGUCCUUGUAUGAUUGUGAUUAUGAAAUAAAAUCUUUCAAUAAA